UCUUGGCUUCGUGUAAACUCGGCUCUUCCCGUCGCCAAGUGCCUGACUCGAACGGAGGAGGAAAACCCUAAGGGAAAGGUGGAAGACUUCUAUGACAGAAAUACUCCAAACAACCAAAUACUCACGCGGAGAGAAGAAACUGUGCCAUUUUUACGCACGCUCUUGCAGUUUUCCCCCCUGUGGUGAUUUGGCGCGUCUUGGUGAAAUAGUGCCAUAAGAAACGUCUCCUCCCAGUUUGUUGUCGGAUACUGUUGAUUCUUCAGUGGACUUGUUCGGGGGACACGGGCAGAGGCGAGUGGACAUUGGCACGGACAGGUAUAGAGAGACAGAAGAGUUCAUUCUCCAACAGGCUCCUACAGCUCCACUCUUACAGAGGAUCACAAAGGGGAGGAUGUCUUCAAAGGCCCACAACAACCUGCUCCAAACCAAGAGGAUAGUGCACCAGCUGAGGAUAGAAGCGAGCCUCGAGAGGAUAAAGGUGUCCAAAGCAUCGGCAGACCUGAUGCACUACUGCAAUGAACACGCCCGGCAUGACCCCCUCCUCAUGGGGAUCCCCGCCUCAGACAACCCCUUCAAGGACAAAAAGCCAUGCACCAUAUUGUAACGCACGCCCCUUUAGCAUUUUAAGUUUUAUUUUUGCUUAUUAAUGAUGUUGCCAUUUUCUUUCGUCGGCAAGGUGAGGGGUGGGCUUGGAUUUUGACCGUGCAUUCCAGUGGUGUAGCUGUUCAAUACUGAAGCAGGUACAGGGGAGUUUGCCAUAGGGUGCAUUUAAAUGUAUUUUUUGAUGUGGCGAAAAUGUCAGAAAAUAUGGACCAAACUUGAAAUUUUUAAAGAAACUUCCAAACAAAAAAGCUAAAAAAUUGUAGUGAUUGGGUCCAUAAAUGAUCUUAAAUUAAUCUAUGACUUAAAGUUCUGUGUGCGUAAACGGAUAACACCACAACUUUUAAAGGUGCAUUGUGUAACUUUUCUGGUGGAGGGUCUGUCAAAUUCUUUUUUCCAUGGAGACGUUAUUGCUUUGUCUAGAAUGUUCCAGAACGUGGAGAGGCGACCACACUCACAGUCAAAAUGCCUUUUUUUUUAGGUAUUUUUGAGCUGUAAUACCACCUGUAAUUUAAUAAAUGUAAACAGCAAUGGCAUUUCCAUAGAAACAAGAAGGUGAUGGACCCCAAAGAAAAAGUUACAUAGUGCACCUUUAAUGCUGAAAAAUGAAUUUGAUCAGUUUUAAUUACAUUUUUUAUGUUAAGCUAUGGACUUUUUGAUGAAUUUAUAUCAUAUAAACACACCCAAUGAGCUCCACCCUUUGCCAAUUAAAAAACAUAUAUAUUUACAACUUUGACCACUAAACUGUGUGUUAAUAAUAGGCCUAAAGAUUUUUUUUUUUGUAUUGUUUGGGGCUGUAAUAGGAAUUGCUGAGUUCGAUUGUCAGCGAUGACUGUUGGACUCCUGCUAAUGCUCAGAGCUAGCGCAUAGAUACAGUGCAAAUAAAUGGACCAAUGAGUCAAUGUCAGCUUCAAGAACUUAGCGACGGCAAUUUAGAGCAAAGUUAAUUUUAUAACCAUGCUAAAUUAUAACAUGAAGCUAGGUUUUAGUCUCUUGACCAAGUUCAUUUUUUGCUACUGUUUUUCACUAAACUUGCCAUUUAUUCAACACAAUCUCAAUCUUCAGAAGUUUUUUAAUUAAAACAUUUUGCCAAUAAGUUUUAUAUUUUUAUGCUAAAGACAGAAGUGUUUUUAGAUAAACCAUGCUAGUAGGAAAACCAACUAGACCAAUGAGCUAAGUCAACGUUAGCUUCAAGAAUUAGCGACAUCAAUAUAGAGCUGAGCUAAUUUUAUAUCCAUGAUAAAUUAUAACAUGAAGCUAGGUUUUUGUCUCUUGACCAGUUCAUUUUUGCUACUGUUUUUGACUAAAUUUGACCUUUAUUCAACACAAUCUCUAUCCUCAAUCUUCAGAUAAUUAUUUUUAUUAAAUCGUUUUGCCAAUAUGUUUUAUAUUUCUAUGAUAAAGACAAAAAGUCCUAUGGUAGCAGAAAAACCAAAUUGACCAAUGAGCUAAGUCAACGUUAGCUUCAAGAAAUUAGCAACAUCAAUUCAGCACCAUGCUAAUUUUAUAACCAAGUUAAAUUAUCACCUCAAACUAGUUUUUUUGUUGUUGCUGUAGGCCUAUUUAAACAUAAAACAGACCUAUUAAUGGUGAAAUAUUAUAAUUAUCCGGUUGCAUAGAUUUUGUCUCGUGACCAGUUCAUUUUUUGCAACUGUUUUUUGAUAAAUUUGCUCUUUUAGUCUCCACAAUCGGAAAUGGAAUUAAAACUUUUUGCCAAUAAUUUUUAUAUUAUUUUAUGAUAAAGACAAGUGUUUUUAAAAAUAACAUGUCAUUUUAAACUCAUGGUACUAGGGAAAACAGAAUUCAUGGUUUCAUUUGUGAAUUUUUUUCUAAUUUCUUUGGACACAAUUUGAGAAAUACUAGUGUAGUGUUAUUAAAAACAAAAUACCCCAAAACAUGAGCAGCAAGUACGACACUUUAGUUGAUUUUUUUCAUUGGAAUAUGAAAUUGGAAUGAAUUCUGUUGUGUUUAAAAGUUUAUCAUGAGGCCACUGGUACGCUGGAACAGUUCUGAGGAAUUAAGUUUAGUGGAAUUCCUUUAACUGUCUAUGAAUCUCUAUGAAGAAUGUUCAAGGACUUUGGCUUGACUUUCUCUUUCCAUGGAAUCGUUUAGAUGAUGCACCACUUCCAGAAAGUUGCAUACUGUAUUUUUAACCACCAUUUGAUUUGUAUUUACUUUUCUUUAAAUGUUGCAGUAUACAGAAUAUAACUUCAUUAUUCACAGAUUCAGUGUUGCAAUUCUGAAUCUCACAUUUUUACAGUACAAUCAGUAACCUUUAUAUUGAUUAUUGAGUAUUAUCCACAGCCAAUACUACAAUCACGUGUUUCUUUUUAUGAAAACACUGUGACAAAUGGGACCAAACCGACCAACGAACUGCCUUUAAAUCAUCUCAGCUCUUUCCUCCAUCUUUCUAUGGUACAAACUGGAGUGUCUUAAACAAACGUGCACUUUCCCCUGGUCUUCAAAGGGUCCGUCUAACUCUUUUUUCUGAUCUGUGUUAUAAUGGAGUUUCCUCGUCACAAAUAGACCUGGAGUUGUGUUUUGUUGCAUUCACACAUGUUUAACACACAAUUUCAAUUCUGAGUUCAUCUCUCAAACUGAAAACACUCUGUUCCACCUUGUGAUGUCAUGUGGUAAUACAGGAAGUGCUCCACUGUGUUUUUAAACUCCACACACCUUCACUGGAAUCAUUUGGAUUAUUUCAACUGUGGAAUUGACAGUCUCUCUGAACUAAAGGUAGUUGACCACACAAGGUGGAACAGAGCAUUUUGAGCUUUGGAGAUGUAGAAGGCUCUUGAUUUACUGGUCAGUCUUCGUUCCUCCCCUCACUUCUGGUCAUGAGUUUUGGGUAAUGACUGAAAGGGCGAGAUUGUGGAUACAAGCGGCCAAAAUGAGUUUCCUCCGCAGGGUGGCUGGGCGCUCCCUUAGAGAUAGGGUGAGGAGCUCUGUUACACGGGAGGAGCUCGGAGUAGAGCCGCUGCUCCUCCACGUCGAGAGGAGCAGCUGAGGUGGCUCGGGCAUCUGUUCCGGAUGCCUCCUGGGCGUCUCCCUCGAGAGGUAUUCCAGGCAUGUCCCACAGGGAGGAGGCCUUGGGGAAGACCCGGACACACUGGAGGGACUAUGUCUCUGGGCUGGCCUGGGAACACCUCAGGAUCCCCUGGUGGAGCUGGAGGACAUGUCUGGGGGGAAGAAAGUCUGGGAGUCCCUGCUUAGACUGCUGACCCGACCCCGGACAAGUGGAAGAAAAUGGAUGGAUGGAGAUGUAGACAGACUAAUAAUAAAGAGUUACUCAAAACACAACAAAACUCAAAACACAACUCCAGGUCUGUUUUUUGAGGACGUAACAGCAUUAUAACAUGACUUAAAUCUCAUGAGAGUCAGUUUUGUGUAAUAUAGGCCUUCAAGUUUGGUCAGUGCUGGUUCAAACGCCUGCUAUGAUAAAACUAUGCUAGUGUUGUUUCUGUUUCUUGUGAAUAGUCAUCUGCGUGUUAUGGUGGGUGGGGUCUACCAUUGACAGUAACGAGGGCUAGACUCAGAUAGCAGGCUUAUGUGGAACUGGGUGUUUGUAUGUAUUUCCAUUACUAUCAAACCAUGUCAAACAUAUUGAAAAUCAGAUACUAAUCAAUCCUAAAACUAGUCUUGAAACUAGGUACUCAUUUGAGCAGGUGUCAGUACUAAAAAAGUCACAUUCACAGGACAAAAAUGAACCACAUACAAGACCACAAGGGAAUAGAAAAGAAAAUACUAUGAUUGAAAAAUGUAUUGUGUAACUUUUCACGUGGGUCCAUCAAAUGCUUUUCUUCAUCGAGAUGUUAUUAUUCUGUCUGGAAUGUUUCACAGUAGAACAGCAGAGCAAUGACAUCUCCAUAGAAACAAGCAGGUGACCGACCCAAAAAGUUACACAUUGCACCUUUUAAUGUUGAAAAUCACUUACGAUUGUCUAAAGAAAGAGUAUUUUUUAUUAUCAUUGUAGUAUUGGAAACAGUAUUGAGUAUCGAGUCUACUCUUUAGUAUCAAAAUCGAGUAUGAAAUUUGUAUUAAAGUACCAAAAUGGAUCAAAACUACUUAAAUUUCCCACUUUUAUUUACUGUCUUAAUUUCUUGGGGUCUUCAGUGCUUACGAGUGCACUCUAAAGCAGGGGUCUCCAAACUUUUUCCUCGGUUGAGCUACCUUUACAAAAUGAAAAUUCCAGAGAGCUACUCAUUUUACAGGUCCAUGGCGAGACUUUUAGAUAAAACAUAAAACAUAAACCAUUGUUUAUUUACGAAUGAUAGAGUUACAAUAAUAAUAGGCAUUUAAUCCAUCAAAUUUGAGUUAUUCAGGACAAUACGUGUAAUUCAGAAAUCCCUGACAAGCUAUUUGGAAGGAGGUGGAGAGCUCCUGGUAGAUCCCGAGCUACAGGUUGGAGACUCCCGCUCGAAAGCCUUACUUGACUACCUUCUUGUACGUACUAUGAAGUAUUGGUCUUAACUACGGGAGAGUCUUUCUGAUGUGUUCUAUUUCCUCAGUUUUUUUUUGUAUCAUGGGAUGUGAUUUGUAACAAUAGCACGAUGCCAUGUUUAGCCCUAUGUUGAUGGUACUUGACUCUUCUGGUACACUAUAGUCCUGCAGAUGUUUAUAUUAUAGGAUCACUGACAGUUUCAUGUUUUUAAUUGCAAUAAAUCAGAAUAUGCCUAAAUAUAA